AACGUGUCAUGAUCAUCGUUCGCCCUUUUAUUGCAAUAUCUGUUUUAAUGUAAUAUCUGUGCAUUUUUAAUUGAUCCAAAUAACAAUAGUACAUUAAAUGCGCUAUUAUUAAAAAGAAACGUAUAUAAUGGUGUACACGUGUUGGGUGUGCAAGUGGCGAGGAGAUAAAGAACCUAAAAGAUCAUUUCAUAGAUUUCCUUCUGAUGAAAAUCAGAGAAAAAAAUGGGAGCAUAUCCUAGGAAUUAAUGAUGUAGUUUUGGGAGUUCGAACUACAAUUUGUUCGUUACAUUUUACAGAAGACUGCUUUCAUUAUGGUGUUGAUGGAAGAACAUUAUUAAAAGAGGACAGUUUUCCAUCAUUACAUCUCUCGACACCAGCAGUUGUAUCUCAAGAAAGAACUGAAUCUUUAACUAAUGCGUCUGAAUGUAUUAUUAAGAACAUUGCCAUAAAAAGAUCUGACAAAGUCAUUGAAGAUAGAAUUCCAAACAAACAAAUUUGUUUGGAGAAUGGGCCUUCGGAAAGAUCAGCUACUUAUGAAUCUAUAGAAUCUAAUUUGCCGUUACAGUAUUUAAAAAGACAAUUGAUUGCAAAAAAUAAAAAAAUUUCGUCUUUAAAACGGCAAAAUCGGCGAUUAAGUUUAAGUAAUUCUAAAUUAAAAUCUCGCAUAAAACAAAUGCAGAGCGAGAAUGCAAAGUUAGUAACAGAAAAAAAAUUGAUGCGUAAAAAGAAUAUAAGACCAUGAAUUUAGGAGUGAAAUUUUAUACUACAAAUUUUGAUCCAAAGUUUUAUCCAACA